GUACACAUUUCACGGUUUAAAAAAUUUACUUCUAGUUCAAGAGGCUAUCCAUUCUAUGAGGCGGCUAAAAGGGAAAAAAAGGGCCCUGGCAUUCAAGAUAGACCUCCAUAAAGCCUUCGACAGUGUAGAUUGGAACUACCUCAGGGAAGUAUUGAUUGAUUUCAACCUGCCGGAUCAAUUAGUUCGAUUGAUCAUGUUUUCAGUUACUUCAUUGCAGCUUUCUGUCAUUUGGAAUGGAGAGGAAUUACCUUACUUCCAGCCAAAGAGAGGUCUACGUCAAGGCGACCCCUUAUCGCCGUACCUCUUCAUUAUGGUGAUGGAGAAACUCUCCCAUAUGAUUAUGAGUCGAUUGCAAGAACACAAAUGGACGCCUUUCCGAUUGUCACGUGGGGGACUAACACUUUCACAUUUGUUUUUUGCAGAUGAUCUCAUGUUGUUUGGGAAAGCUUCAAUCACUCAAAUUGAAACUAUUAUAGAUUGUCUCUCUGAAUUUGCAAGACGAUCAAGAUUAGAGAUAAACUUGGGCAAGUCUAAGUUAUUUGUUUCUCCAAAUAUCCAGGGACAGUUAGCAAACUCCUUCAGUUCUGCUUGUGGCAUCCCUCUAACGCAUGAUCUUGGCAUUUACCUUGGGGUGCCUAUUAUCCAUGGCAGGGUCAAGGCCAGAAACUACAAAUAUAUUCUUGAAAAGAUGCAGAUUAAGCUUGCAGGGUGGAAACAGAAGUCCCUAAGUCUGGCGGGUAGGAGAACACUUGUGCAAUCGGUAACCUCCUCGAUACCAACCUAUACCAUGCAAAAAGUUCUCCUUCCAAGCAACACAUGUUCAGCCAUAGAUUCCUUGAAUCGCAAAUUCCUUUGGGGUUCAGAUAUACAAACUAACAAACCACACCUUGUCCAUUGGAAUGAUGUAUGUUUACCGAGGAGAUAUGGUGGAUUGGGUGUGAGAUCUGCCAAAGAGUGUAACAAGGCUUUGAUUGCCAAGUUAGGCUGGCAAAUCCUUUCAGGGAGUAACUCAACACUUUUGGAAUCUACAAUAGCCCCGGUCCCACAACACCUACUUGGUAUGAAGGUCUCUGAUAUCAUUAGUAAUUCAAAAUGGAAUCUGAUACAACUAACUGAUCUUCUUCCAGAAAAUGUACUUCAACUUAUAGCAGCCAUUCCGUUAUCAAUAUCUGGCCACUUGAAUGAUCAAAUUUAUUGGAAUGCUGCUUCAUGUGGUGACUUCACCGUAAAGUCAGCUUUUAGCCUUAUUCAACAAUCUAGAAUUCCUAAUGCUCCUAGACCUGAGGACUGGACCUGGAUUUGGCACUUAGGCUGCACCGAGAGAGUGAAGCUCUUCAUUUGGUUGCUUUGGAGAGGAAAAAUUCUCACAAACUCCGUUCGCUUCGAGCACCACAUGGCUCCUACGCCAGUGUGCCCUCGCUAUGAGCAAUCACCCGAAACCCCUCUACACCUCCUAAGAGACUGUUUCUACUCGCGGCUAGUUUGGCAGUCGGUGAGUCUUCUACCUACUAACUUCCUUUCUCUGAACUUUGAUUCUUGGUUGAAAAGGAAUGCUAUCACACCAAGGCGAAAGACCAACUCUCCGGACUUAUGGCCAUUUGUCUUUCUCGCAACCAUCUGGCACUUGUGGAAGAGUAGGAACAAAUUGGUGUUUGAAGGGCAACGAAUUCCACCACAUCUUGUUGCUAACCAGGCUCACACCUUUGCUUUGGAAUCAAGAUUUGCCUUGGAAUCAGUUAAUCUGAUUCAUGACACUAGAGCUCCCAGAUGGGUCUCUUGGACCCCACCACCACAUCCUUAUCUUAAACUAAACACCGAUGGAUCCCACAAUCAUCACUCAGGCAAAGCAGCAGCUGGAGGACUCAUUCGUGAUCACAACGGGCGUUGGGUUCAUGGCUUUGCUGUAAACGUUGGUCUCACAACAAGUUUCUUGGCUGAGUUGUGGGGUUGCAGAGAAGGUCUCAAGCUUGCUCACUCUCUGGGGAUACAGCAGUUGGUCUUAGAAAUGGACUCUUUACUUGCAAUACAACUCAUUCAAAAUCGGCAAGUUUCAGCCGGACCAGCCUCGGUGCUUCUUACGGACAUCUUCAUGUUGAUAGAUUUCUUUAGCAGCUGCCUGGUACAACACACUCUCAGGGAGGGGAAUUUAGCUGCGGAUUUUAUGGCAUCCAUGGGUCACGAAUUAACUUUGGGCACUACACCUUUUCCCACACCUCCGGUGGAUAUUCAUAUGAUCUUACAAAGUGAUCAUAUAGGGACCAUGUUCCUUAGGCGGUAAGCUGAAACUGUAGCUUCUGAUGUACCAAAAAAAAAAAAAAAGAAUAACGUGAGCCAAUAAAAGUGAAAGUGUUGA